AUGGAGACUGAGCGGAGAAGACGUCAUGACGAGUUGAGCAGCGUCCCGAUCACUGUGCGUGAGGCCAUCCAGGCCGUUCCUGAUGCCGGCACGAACGUCCUUUUCGCGAGACCAAACGAGAGUUCCUUUGUCGAGACCUGCCGCACACAGCGUGCCAAGAUGUUGAUGUCCGGCGGAAGACGUCGAAAGCGACUCAGCACCUCAGCAAGGCGCAUGGUAUUGACUCUAACAAGACUGCCAGCGAAUUGGGCAAGAAACGAACUCGUGAAGAAGAACUCACCGUAUUACGACGGAGCCCACUGUAUCGAGAUGAUCCCGGCUGUGCGUACGUCUUAA